AUGUCCGGAAUUGGAUCCUGGUUUGGAUUUUCUUCAAAGCUAACCGAUCCUAUCAAGAAGCGAAUAUUCAAGUUUGUUAUCAAACGAUUGCUCGGAAGGUUUAUAGAGGAACCCGAUCUUUCUCAGCUCGACGUUCAAUUACCUGGCUCCUCACAACAACAGCAACAACAUAGAAAAGCUUCUCAAUUUGCCUCAUCAUCAAAUCAACAACAACAACAACAUAACUCUUUUGAUUUUGAAUUAAAGAAUGUACAGCUCAAAGUGAAAGAAAUUAACGAAAACAUUUUAAUGCACAACAGCAAAAAUCCCACAAAACAAGACGGAAUACCCUUCAAAUUGACGAGUGGAUAUAUUGAGAAAAUAUGUGUCAAGAUACCUUCUCUGCUCGAUAUUUUCAAAGAGUCCAUGAUAUUGGAAUUGAAUGGUCUUGAAGUUCAAUUACAAUUUAAAGGAAUGAAUGAAGAUGCUAGUGGAAUUGGAAAUGCAGCAAACUCAUUCCUUUUUCAUUCCACAACGUAUUUUGAUCCAAAUGUACUGGCGAGUAGUAUCCUUGUUGGUGACGUGACAAAAUCUGAUAUAGCUUCCGAGUUCAAUGAUUUGGAAGAUUUUGAUCAACAAACAGAUGCCUCAUCGUCAACCAUCGUCACACCAACAACAGAGGAAGAAGAUAAUUAUGGCUUUACCGAAGGACAUACUAUAAUUUCUCAAGCAGUGGAGAGAGUAAUAUCACAACUUAAGGCCUAUGUCACAAACGUUACAGUUAGACUUGAAUUUCCAAAACCAAAGCCAAUGAAUCCUCUCCAACAACAACAACAACAAGAAUACUCACAACGAAAGGAAGGAAAACUGAAAAAUGUACUAUUAUUACACUUUCCACGAUUAGAAUAUUUGGACGAAACACCAAAAACAGAGGCGUUUGGUCCUUCCUCUUUUAUUUACUCAUUCAUUUUCAAAGGAAUUUUCCUACAAGUUUUUGAAGAGUUUCAUCAAAGUACCAGGCGAAAAAACAAAAACUCUGAGAAUAUGAACGAAUCUGGUAUAGAUAAUGUACAAUACGAAGAUGAAAUGAGAUCAUCAACAGAAAAUUCUUUCACAAAUAACUACAUUGUAAAUAGCCAACCAUCCAAUACUCUAGAUGAUGCCAAUACAAUUUUCUAUGGAGAAACAGAAAAUAAUAGAAUCAAAAUUGUUAUCAAACCAUCAAAUGCGGCAGCAGUGCAAUCGUCUUCCAAAGGUGCUUACUCUCCAUCAUUAAUGCCAACACCUAGUGACACUACAUCACGGUUAGACGUUGAGUUUGCAAUUUCAUCAAUUCAUGCAGUAAUAUCUCCUGGUCAAAUGGGACUUCUUCUUGAAAUUUUGGAGGUUCUCAAUAGUUCCAGUGUCAAUAUUGGUGGAUUGGAUUCAUUCAGUAUAAGCACUCCCUCCGAGAAAAGCCAACAACACCAAGAAGAUCCUACCACUGUCUUCACUCCUCAACACCAAGACAGUAUCAGUAAGAUGGAGGCAGAUUUUAUGGUACAAAGCACAGACGCUCCAAUUACUAAGAAAAUGACCGAGAGCAUGGCUCAGCAUUUAAUGAACCAGCAUGUUGAGGCCCAUGAAUCAGAAAUGGAGAAUUUAGAAUUUCAAGAAUUUGAUAACGACGACGAAAACGACGAGCAACCCAUAGAAGCAGGCGCUUUUGUAGAAUUUUCAACAGAGGAUGAAGACUCUGAAACAGAGGAGCUUCCCUCAGCAACCUCUCCUGUCAAGAAAAAGAGCAGUCCACUGCAUAAAACUCCCAGCAAAAACAAUGCCAAUAACGGCACUAACAAGUUUUUGAAUGUGCCAACAUUCAAGGUCACUAAGCCUGAGCUGCCACCUCCUUUUAUGGGAUCCAAUGUUCCUUCCAUCAGUUGUAACAUCUCAAUAACUCUCAAAGCUGCAACAUUUAACAUAUUGUAUCAGGAAGCAAAUUUAGGAAGCAUGUGGAGAAACUUUUUCAAGACAUCUGACAAAAGUGGUCCUGUCAUACCUGGAAUUGGCCAUUUAUCACUUAAACUUUCCAAUGGACUGUCUUGCACUCUGUCAUUUUUGAGCGGAAGUAGCAACACGAACGAUACUUUCUCUACACUUGAUUAUGGCAACAAACAAAAGCACGACACUACUCUAACAUUGGCAAUAGGUGACGUCCAGGCUUCAGAAAGGCUUUGCUAUGAUAUUCUAGGUAGCAGCUACAAGUAUUCCGAGUUGAAGAUUUUAGAGUUUUUGAAAAAGCCCAAAAACACCACAACAGACGAAAUUGAACCUCAAAUUAAUUAUGGAUAUCAUUUUAUGAAGAGAGACAAUUGUCUGAAACACACUUUAAUGAUCAAAAAUCCAUUGCAAAUCACCUUAGACCCUGGUUUUAUUCAACGUCUAGGCCAAGUUUCACAGAAAUUGGUGUCCAAAAUAAGCAUGUUUUCCAAAGCCAUGGCAGCCAAGCAGGCAAGGAACCAUUCAGAAUUCGAUUUUGAAAAGGCCUUCUUGGAAAAUCUUGAAGAAGAGUCUCAUAUUACAAUACCUCACAAGACAGCUUUCGAGAUUACCACUUCUGCCAUCAUGUUCGACAUUGUGCUUCCAAAAGUGUUAACAAAUGAGUUGCAGACAAAGCAUCAGUACAAGGACGACAAGGUUCGUCUUGAAUGUCAAGAAAUCAAAAUUAAGGCUUACUUUAAUGAGCACGGAAAAUUAUACUACACCAAUAACAAUGAGAAUGAGAUUGAUUUGAAUACUAAUGAGCGAGUGCAAAGUGACAAAACAGAAAGAAUACUGCCCAUCAGCUUUGGAGAAACCAACCUAUUUCUCUUGAAGAAUAAGGAUGUUUAUGAUAUCAUCAAAUUAAGGCCAAUGGACAUUUUGCUAACUUUGAAACAGACUGCCGUUGAAGAUCAAAGUUCGCACCGAUACUCAGAAAAUAGAAUGUAUUACAGCAGUGUACCUUACAGUCCAGCUAAAUAUCAAGACAAUUCGUAUGAUGAAGAAUAUUUCGAACAUUCCUCUCUGGACUCUUCAACCGAAGACCUUGGUGAUGAGACUGCACUUGAAGAUCCAAUUCCAAGUGACAAACAAUUUUCAGAGAAGGACGAACAUGAAGAUGUUGAAUUUUCUGUGGAUGCUAUUGAGGAUACCAUUCUUGGUGGAAAAGUUUUGAAACAAGCCAAUAUUUCUCUACUAGUUGAUAUUUCCGAAAAUAAGGGUGGUAAAGAAGGUGGUGAUUGUGUUAUUGAGCUCACAAAGGACCAACUCGAUCGUCUUGGCUCAUUUUUUUCCUCAUUGUCACAAGCUCUUUCCACCAUACUUGGACAGAGGAAAGAUGAUCAACAACCGCCUAAAGAAAGCCAAAAACUCUCGCGAGACAAUCCCUCAAGUGCUAGUCCUUCAUUUGCAAUGAAGUUCUCCAUUCAUGAUCUUGUGAUAAGACUUGCGGAUCCUACCGAAAAUCGAAAUUUGACCCUUAACUUGAAAAAGCUGAACGCGCUAAUAGUAGUCUUCUCAGACUGGAUCUCGAACAAUGAACCGUGUACCUUGAUCAAAACAUUCAUUUCGAAUGAGUACAUCCACUUGUACGAUGUUCAUAAUAAUCAACGAACCAAUAUCAUUAGACGUGACGACAAGAUUGUUAAGAGUUUUAGAUCGACCAAAUAUUGUUCCAGUAUUUCUGUCAUUACCGAAAUUUCCACAAGCGGUAUAUCAAGUCGAGCAAAAUUAUAUUUUUGUGGACUGUAUUUGAGCUCUCUUCUCACAACAAGCCCUGAGAAUGAUUGGAAAAAUUUCUUGAGAGCGUUUUUUGCCAGCAACGAAGAGAAAUCAGAUCUGGCUCUUUCACUUUCGUUGAGUGUAGUCGUGCAUGAUUGUAUUGUGGACUACAAGCCACCAACACCGUCCACUGCUCGAGCAAUUUUGGUUAUGGAUAAGGUUGGAUUCAAGACAGCGAUCAGUCUUCCUUCUUCGAGUCGUGAUACGACAUUUUUCCUCAAUAUCGAAGGUGUUUCUCUACUGUUGAGCAAUAAUUUUACUGUAGACGUUUUAGAUUACAUUCAAGAAGAGGUUAGCAACAAGCGUCUUCCAAGAAGUGAGUUUGGAUUCAUCAACGAUCUCAAAUAUUUACGAUUUGCACAAAUUGCCAGCUUGAACUCCUUACAAAUUAAGCUGGUUAAAAAGCCAACAAACACAGAGACAUUUAUGGGUCAAAGCGUGCUCGUAUGCACUCCAGAGAACAAUAAGAGUGUUUUCAAAUCAAAGAUCGUAACUAGUAUUAUUAUGACAGAGAAGGAAAGAGAAAUUCAAAGACAAAAAGAACCUCUCACCAAAGUUGAAAUCUCCAAGGGAACUCUAAUGAUUGAACUUUGCAAUGACUCACUCAAGACACUAAUAGAAGUUGUCAAAGAGAUUUCCAAACAAUUUCCAAAAAGCUCACAACCUGAAUCAGAACCUGAAAUGAUACAAUCUUCAGACACUACACCAAGACAACAUGUACUGUAUCCUAGCUUGGAAUCUGGAAAGGAUACUCUUCCCACGAUCAAUUAUGCUUCCUCUACAACCAAUACUAGCAUCCGAGAAGAUGCCAUUGUCAUUUCCCACACUGGAAAUAUACUUGAAGGAAUUGAUGAUCACCAAUUUGCACCUCGAAAGUCAACAGCCGUAACAGAAGGUCUACCUGUCAGAAAACAAUCUAAUCCAAGUGCCAUGAUUAGCAGUAGCAAUAUUGGUCCAAAAGAUGCAACCAAAACAGAAUACAGAGCCACAAGUAUCAAACAAACAGAGUCUGGAACUAUUCAGAGCUACAUUUCAUCCUUGUCUUCAUGGGUCAAUUUUGGUUAUUUGACUGGUGAAGAUGCCGCACAGAAGAAUCAACAGCCUCCAAAUCCUACCAUUCAACCAGGAUCAUCCGCUUCUUACACACCAAGCAACAGAAGACAAGACGAUGAUGAACCUCUUGUGACAAGCGUUUACAAUACUGGGUCAGGAAGUACUCUCAUAAAGCCAUCAGAUUCCAUGAAAGGAACCUUACUCAGCUCGUUCAUUCACGGAGACUAUUUUCCAAAAGUCACUCAGGAAGAUGUUAAAAAGAGUACUAUUCUACCAAAUGAUUAUCCAACUCCAUCGUUUGAAUUAGUUCUGAAGGAGGUUAACAUUAUUUGUAAUUUGUAUGGUGGCAAUGAUUGGGAGGAGAAACAGCCUGCAAGAAAAGGUCUUUCAGAAAGUCAGACCUCUGACACAUCAAGUUAUUUGUUUGGGGAAGAUAUAAUCACUAGCACAAGAGACUCGUGUAAAUUAGUUCAAUUUGUGUUUAGUGACAUUUAUUUACAAUUAGAUACGUUCCCAAAGAACCCCAUGUCCAGUUACGUUUCGAGAUUGAACUUAUCUAUCACAGACUUGGAAAUUAUUGACAAGCUUAAAAUGUCAAAUCGAAACAAGAUGCUAAAAUACUGGGAAACUAUUCAAAAUCCAAGAGAGACUGGAAGUGGCAUGUUUGAUUUAGUCUAUGAAGUGAUCCGACAACAACCUGUAGUCACAGGUAUGAACGAGACUGAAGUGAGAAUUGAUAUUGACAUACUUCCUAUUAGGCUUAAUUUGCACCAGACCACCGUAGAAUUUCUAGUCGACUUUUUCUCAAAGGGUACUUCUAGUGAUAGUAGCGAUAACACGAGUGUUAACAGUACUACCUCAUCCUCCUCUGAGGUCAACACCACCGUUGAAACAUCGCCAAGAUCAUCCCCAACCUAUUUCCAACAUUUUCAUGUUAGUCCAAUCAACCUUAAAAUUGACUAUCAGCCAGUACGAGUCAAUCUUGAUACUGUAAAGGAAAGUGGAAUUACUUCAUAUCGUUCCAUUAUGCAAAUGGUGAAUUUGGUACCAAUAACAGGGUCUGAAGUCUGCAUUAAAUCCAUUCAACUCAACGGAGUCAGCGGCAUUGAAGAGAUCAUUUCCAGAUCGACCAACUUAAUUCUUGGAUCCAUUAACACGAGUGACGUUUUCCGAAUGUUAUUAGGUAUAAUGCCACUGAAAUCUGUGUACAGUAUUGGAACAGGUAUGGCCGACUUGAUAGUUUUACCAGUUCAAUCGUAUCAAACGGAUGGUCAAAUUUUGCGUGGCCUUCGACGAGGCGUCGUAUCCUUUGUGACGAACUUGUCUGUUGGAACAGUGCAACUCAGUGCUAAUGCAGCAAGUGGAGUGAAUUAUGUGGUGUCCUCUGCUGACGAAUAUGUGAAAACAAGUACUGGCCUCAGAAAUGUUAAUUAUGAUUAUUUGGAUGAUGAUGCUCCUCCUCAACCAACCUCAACCUCUAGACUAGAAGAGGAUCUUCCUAACAAUAUUAACGACGCUAUUCAAAAAGCAUACAAGGAUCUGUCAACAGGAUUUGAAAAUGCAAAACUUGCUGUCAUUGCAAUUCCAAGAACCGGAAAUAUGUGGUCAUUGCCACAUGUAGUGUUGUCGCCUCUUGCAGGAAUGACAGGAGCUGUUGCCAAUCUCUUAAUGGGCAUUCGUAGUGAGCUGGAUCGAUCAUAUCGUAAAGAGAGCGAAGACCUAUUUAAGCGACAGUAG